AUGACGGAAAAGCAUUAUGAUGCACUGAUCAUCGGAGCCGGGUUCGGUGGGAUCUAUCAGCUGUAUUCAUUCCUCAAGCUCGGUCUGACCGCAAAGGUCGUUGAUCUUGCCGGAGAUGUCGGAGGCACAUGGUACUGGAAUCGCUACCCUGGUGCCAUGAGUGAUACGGAAAGCUAUGUCUAUCGGUAUUCGUGGGACCUCGAAGACCUGCGGGAAUCGCCUUGGACUCACCACUACAUCAGACAGCCUCAAGUCUUGGCUUAUCUCGAACACGUCGUGGAGAGGCAUAACCUGCGACAGCACAUGCAAUUCAACACCGAAAUGGUGGCCGCCGAUUGGGAUGUGUCGGGAUUCUGGAGAGUCAAGAUGAAAAAUGGGGAUGUCUUCAUCGUUCGCUAUUUGGUCACGGCGCUCGGACUCCUUUCGAAGCAAAAUUAUCCCGACAUUGCCGGCAUCGACGACUUUAAGGGCGAGAAAUACCAUACGGCCUCAUGGCCUGUGGGUGUCACCGUGGAAACCAAGCGAGUUGGGGUUAUCGGGUGUGGCUCGACAGGCGUCCAAGUGGUCACUGAGAUUGCGAAAUCGGUAUCGGAGUUGGUAUGUUUCCAACGCCACCCUCAGUACAGCGUCCCAAGCGGAGAUGGUCCGGUCACUCCAGAAUAUCGACAGAAGGUGAAUGAGAGAUACCCAGAAAUUCUGGAGCACGUAAGAAACUCCGUCGUUGGAUUUGGAUUUGACGAGUCUACAAGACCGAUGAGUUCUGUGAGCCCUGAAGAGAGAGAAAAGGUCUUUGAAGAAUUGUGGAAACUGGGCAAUGGCUUCAGAUUUAUGUUUGGUGGAUUCAAUGAUAUCACGGUCGACAAAGAGGCAAACGAAGCUGCUUGUGAAUUCAUCCGCAAGAAGAUUACCCAGAUUGUGAAAGACCCGGAGAAGGCAAGGAAGCUACAACCCCUCGACUACUACGCCAGGCGGCCUCUGUGUGACGGUGGAUAUUACGAGCAAUUCAACCGGGACAAUGUGAAGCUGGUCGACUUGCUGGAAACUCCGAUAACCAAGAUCACUGAGAAUGGAAUCCUAACCGAAGACGGCAAAACCCACGAACUCGACAUGAUCAUCUUUGCCACCGGCUUUGACGCCAUCGACGGCAAUUACAACAGGAUGCACAUUCACGGUAUUGGCGGCCAAAGUUUGAAAGAGCACUGGACAAAUGGUCCAUCAAGCUACCUCGGCGCUUUGGUUCCCGGAUUCCCCAAUCUUUUCAUGAUCACUGGACCCCAAGGACCAUUCUGCAACAUCCCCCCGGCCAUCGAGGCGCAUGUCGAGUUCAUCACGAAAGCGGUCGCGAAGGCAGAGGAGUUGAGAAAGGAAUCGACCUAUAAAGGAGUAAUUGAAGCCAAACCUGACGCUGAGAAGAAAUGGAACCAAAUCUGCGAGAAGGAGGUCGAAGGAAGUUUAUUCAAAGAGACCGCUUCUUGGAUUUUUGGAAGUAAUGUUCCUGGAAAGACUUACGCCCUUCGGUUCUAUUUUGGCGGUCUCAAGAAAUUUCGCGGAGAGAUUCAGUCUGCAAUCGAAGACGGUUGGCGGGGAUUCAAACUAUACUGA